GUGUGAGUGACAGCCACGGCGCAUGCGCGAGUUAGUUGACACGUCGAAAGACUGCACUGGGUGGUGGAUCAUAAUAUUGCCUGUAAAAUCCAUUUUCUAAGCACCAAAUCACAAUGCCACUGCGUUUAGACGUGAAGCGGAAGUUGACGGCCCGGUCAGACCGCGUGAAGUCAGUUGACCUCCAUCCAACUGAGCCAUGGAUGCUGGCUUCUCUCUACAAUGGCAAUGUUCAUGUUUGGAACAUUGAGAGCCAGCAGCUCGUCAAGAGUUUUGAGGUUUGUGAUCUUCCAGUAAGAGCUGCAAGGUUUGUGGCUCGCAAGAAUUGGGUCGUGACCGGGUCAGAUGAUAUGCAAGUGCGUGUUUACAAUUACAACACCCUUGAACGAGUGCACCAGUUUGAGGCUCACUCUGACUAUGUCAGAUGCAUUGCAGUUCAUCCAACUCAGCCAUUCAUAUUGACAUGUAGUGAUGAUAUGACCAUUAAACUGUGGAAUUGGGACAAGAAAUGGUCAUGCCAGCAAGGGUUUGAAGGCCACUCACACUAUGUAAUGCAGAUUGUCAUUAACCCCAAGGACAAUAAUACCUUUGCUUCAGCUUCACUUGACCGUACUGUCAAGGUGUGGCAACUUGGGUCCUCACAGCCUAACUUCACUCUGGAAGGUCACCAGAGGGGAGUAAAUUGUGUUGAUUAUUACCAUGGUGGUGAUAAACCGUACCUCAUCUCAGGUGCAGAUGAUAGUCUUGUUAAGAUAUGGGACUAUCAGAACAAGACUUGUGUGCAGACAUUAGAGGGACACUCACAGAAUGUUUCUUCAGUGUCAUUCCAUCCUGAGCUGCCCAUUAUCUUGACUGGUUCUGAGGACUGUACAGUUAGAGUGUGGCACGCCAACACUUACCGCCUGGAGAACACACUCAACUAUGGCCUUGACCGUGUAUGGUGCAUCUGUGCCCUCAAAGGAUCCAACAAUGUUUGUUUUGGUUAUGAUGAAGGCAGUGUUAUGGUCAAGCUCGGACGUGAGGAACCAGCAAUGUCAAUGGAUGUUAGUGGAAAGAUUGUCUGGGCUCGACACUCUGAGAUUCAGCAGGCAAAUCUAAAAGCUAUGGGAGAUGCAGAAGCCCAAGAUGGUGAGCGGCUACCUUUAGCAGUUAAGGACCUUGGAGCCUGUGAUAUCUAUCCACAAACUAUUGCACAUAAUCCCAAUGGAAGAUUUGUGGUUGUUUGUGGUGAUGGAGAGUAUAUCAUCUACACUGCUAUGGCCCUAAGGAACAAAGCUUUUGGCCCUGCACUUGAGUUUGUUUGGGCUUUGGAUUCAUCUGAAUAUGCCAUCAGAGAGUCUAAUUUCAGUGUCAAACUUUUCAAAAACUUUAAAGAAAAGAAGUCCUUCAAGCCUGACUUUGGUUGUGAAGGUAUUUAUGGUGGGUACCUUCUGGGGUGCCGCUCUAGUACAACAGGCCUUGCAUUCUAUGACUGGGAAACUGAAGAAUUGGUGCGACGUAUUGAGAUUCAGCCUCGUCAGGUGUUCUGGUCAGAGAAUGGAGAUUAUGUCUGCAUUGCCACCGAUGAAAACUAUUUCAUUCUCAAGUAUAGUGCUGAAGCUGUUGCUAGUGCCAGGGAAAACAAGGAUAGUGUGACAGAGGAUGGGAUUGAAGAAGCCUUUGAUCUUGUUGGUGAGGUUCAAGAGAUUGUGAAGACCGGCAAGUGGGUGGGUGAUUGCUUCAUCUACACUAAUUCAGUGAACAGACUGAAUUACUAUGUGGGUGGUGAGAUCGUUACCAUAGCUCAUCUGGAUAGGACUCUUUACCUACUUGGAUACAUUCCAAAGGACAACAGACUGUAUCUUGGUGACAAGGAACUAAAUGUUGUGUCAUAUGAGCUGCUGGUGUCUGUCCUUGAGUAUCAGACAGCUGUAAUGCGGCGUGAUUUUGAUACUGCCGAUCGAGUACUGCCCACAAUUCCUCCUGCACAUCGCACACGUGUGGCUCAUUUCCUGGAGAAGCAAGGAUUCAAGAAACAGGCCCUUGCUGUUUCUACUGACCCAGAGCAUAGAUUUGAUCUAGCCCUGAGUCUUGGUGAGUUAGAUGUCUGUCAUCAGCUGUCUGUAGAAGCAGGCUCAGAACACAAGUGGCGAUUGGUGGCAGACUUGGCCCAGCAGCGAGGAGAUUUGCAAACUGCACAGACUUGCCUUCUUCGUGCACAUGAUUAUCCAGGAUUAUUAUUGCAGGCUACAGCUUCUGGUAACGGAGAAUUGAUCAAAGAAGUAGGUAACGAAGCUGAAAGUCAGGGACGAAACAAUGUGGCCUUCUUAUCAUAUUUCCUCACUGGCAACCUUAAAGAAUGCUUAAAUUUGCUCAUCAAGACUAACAGAGUCCCCGAGGCUGCCUUCUUUGCAAGAACCUACUUACCAAGUGAAAUGUCACGUGUUGUGGGCCUGUGGAAAACAGCAGCUGGGGAGAAGAUUGGGCAGAGCCUGGCCGAUCCUGCACAAUAUGAUAAUUUAUUCCCAGGCCUUAAAGAAGCUGUGAAGACUCAACACUUCCUUGAAAAGCAGUCGAGGACUCUCCCUGCAACUAAAGCACCUUCAGCACCCGGUAAUCAUGAUCGCAAUCCCAUAGAAGAGAUGCAUGCAGCUGAAGCAGCAGGAACGUUUGUAUAUGUUGGUGCAGAUGAAGAUUCUGAAUUUGUUGAUGCUCCCCAGCAGCCACCCAAGCUAUGUGCACAAAAUCUACCAGAAGAUGAACCAAUGCUUCCCUCUGCACCACCCUCUGAACCUAUUGCUGCUGCCCCUGUACUCUCUUCCUCACCACCACAACAGCCUGCUGCUGUCUCUCAGGAACCACUGCUACCCACACCUGUUAUGCCAGCCCCUGUGUCUCCUACUCCAGACUUGAUUCACGAAGAAAUCCCAUGGAGUAUUGGUCAAGAGCUUGAUGAGGGACUUGAUUAUCUUUCUCAGCCAGAAGAGAAGGUGGAAAAUUUGGGAAAGGUGGAAAAUCUCUUGGGAGGUGAUAUUCCUUCAGUUUUGAAUAUGGAGGAGGAAGAGGAAAAUGUUUUGAAACUGGAUACAGAAAAUGAUGAUGAUUGGGGUGAAAUGAAAUGCGAUAUAUUAGCAGAUGAUGACGAUAGUUUAGUGGCAGAAGAUAGUGAUGAUGUAUUACCAGAAGAUGAAGAUGAUAGUCUUGCGGCAAAUGAUGACAUUCUUGUAGCAGAAGAUGACGACGAUAUUCUAGUACCUGUACAGAAACGUGAUGUACCACAAAAAGAAAAUAAUGACAAUUUCCUCGAAGAAGACGACGAACAGGUUGUGGAUCUUGGAGCAGCGUCAGCGUCGACCCCCCCUCCUGUACUCCACUCCAGGAGGGUGUUAGGAUGGGAUGAAGAUGAUGUGGAAGACUGGGGUUUGGAGCAAAAGAAAGAGACGCUAGUGUGGCAAGAUGCAUUUGACAGCCGUGAGGACGUGAGUCUUGAGCGACAAAUUGAAACUGGGAACCCCAAAUCCCAUCAGGGAAGCCCUCCAUUAAUUGACUUCAACAUAAAGGAGGUACAAGACUUAACCUCCCCUCGAUUAAUCUUAGAUGUGGCUAGACCAAAAUCAAGUCCCUUGGAUAUGACUGGAUAUGAAUCUCCAUCAUGGCAUCAACUUGAGUUCUUUCCCUCUGUAGAUAGCAUUGUAAUGGAGGGCGAGAUGCAGGACCUAGGUGCAAGUGCAAGACCAACAAUAGAUCAAGCUCAGUUGGAACGAGAAUUGGAACUUGAUCUUGAGAAAGUGCGCAUUGAAGACACUAUCGACCCUAAUGAUUUGAAUCUGGAUGAAGAAGAGCUAUUGGCUGAUUAGAUAAUAUUGUAACUGCACUUAAGAAUGAUAUGUUUGAAAUAUAUAUUUGUUAACUUUUUGUUAAUGCAAGGAUGUGGUGUACAUAGAGAAAUUGCUAUAUUUUGGUUGUUUGACAUUAUAUGUUAUAUAGUAAUUAGGUUUAAGUCAGGUGUCACUGCUUUUUAUUUAUACAGUACAGAAAUUAUUCCAGAGUAAAUGUCAAGUAUAUAAGGGAGUAGUUUUUAUCUUUUCUUACAUUACUGCAGGUAGUUAGUGAUUUCAGAAGGUCAUUUUAGAACUACCUUGAGGUAAUAGUGGCAUGGAAAAUAUACAUUGUGUUUUGAUUAUAUAAGUAGAAGUUGUGCAGUUAGAAAUAGGAUUUUAAAUUAAUUAUAAUUUCAGGUAAAUGAAGAUCUCCCAGUUAGCCAAUAUACUGUACCUUAAGGAUACAUAUAUGAAUGUUAUGGUCAUCACCAAUUUUGUUUUUAUACACAGAAGAUAUCAAGAUUAAAAUAAUCCACUA